CCCGCCGCCCCUUAGCCGGUUUGAACUUGGCGGGCCAGAUGUGGGCGGCGGGGCGGUGGAGGGCCUCUUCCCCCACUUCCGACACCCGGGUCCUGCCCGACUGCAGGGCCAGGUCUCGGCCCUCGUCGGGCUCCUUCUCCGCCCCCAUGGCGGACGCCCGAGGGCACGGGCUGGAGACCGUGGCCGGGUGCUCGCCAUCUCCGCCGCUGAGCUGCAGCAAUUCCACCCUGUCGCUGUUGUCUCCUCUCCGCCACCAAAGCUUCCCGUUUGACGAUGACGAUGGUGACGGGGAAGUUGAGGAAGACGUGGACGAAGAUGCCCGUGACUCAGAGGCCAAGGGGGCGAGCCUGAGAGGAAUGGAGGUACAGGGGUGCGCCAGUGUGGUUGAAUCCAAAGAUAACCAAGAAGAACAGAAACAGGUGCGUUUACCCGAAAGCAGCCUGACACCAUGGGAAGUGUGGUUUGUUGGCAAAGAAAAAGAAGAACGUGACCGUCUGCAGCAGAAAGCUGUAGAGGAAUUAAAUCAGCAGCUAGAAAAAAGAAAAGAAAUGGAAGAACGUGAGAAAAGAAAGAUAGUUGCUGAAGAAAAGCUCAAAGAAUGGGUUCAGAAAAAGAAUGAACAGCAAAGAAAAGAAAGGGAACAAAAAAUUAGUAAAGUAAUGGAGGAAAAAGCAGCAAAGGAACUGGCAAAAGAACAUUUGCAAGAAAAAGCAAAAGAAAAGUAUCAAGAAUGGUUAAAGAAAAAAAAUGCUGAAGAAUGUGAGAAGAAGAAGAAAGAAAAGGAAAAAGAAAAACAACGGCAAGCUGAAUUACAGGAGAAAAAGGAAAUAGCAGAGAAAAAGUUUAAGGACUGGUUGGAAAAUGCAAAAAAUAAACCUCGUCCAGCUGCAAAGAGCUAUGGUUAUGCCAAUGGAAAGCUUACAGGUUUUUACAGUGGAAAUUCUUAUCCAGAACCAGCCUUUUGUAAUCCAAUUCCCUGGAAACCAAUUUAUGUGCCCCCUUCCACGGAAGCUAAGGCUCUAACAGGAAAGAAGACUAAAAGGCCUGUGAUAAGUCAGCCACACAGGCCGUCAUCUCUGGUCAUUCAUAAAGCCGGAAGCAAUCUUUGCCUUGGAGCUCUGUGCAGAAUACAAAGAUAGCAGACGUGGAACAUUGCAUGCUUUUACCUGUAGCUAUUUAAUUUUAAAAUCAGAAAUUGUUUUCUCCUGCUCAGUCAAGUUGUUCAACAUUUGAUGUUGAGAUUGACAACUUCAGAUGUUUUGCAUUUACAUGUGGAGUCUUUGGAGUUAAUUAAGGAAGAUAUUUUAUGCAUUUUCUCUUAUAAAUUCUUCAAGGUUGAUCUUGGCAUGUUGUUUUGCAGGAUAAGUGACUGAAUAUCUAACAAUUGUGUUUGUAUUUAGCUUGUGUUAAAACCACUGUGAUACCAAUAAAACCAACAAUUUUUCUUGUGUUC